GCAGAGGUCGCAUGGCAGAGGGAAGUCCGACCACUUCUGUACUGGAACCAAUGCAAGAAUAUGCACCUCCAUAACAAAGCCUGUAUGGAGUCCUGAGAGCAGUAGUGGGAAACAGAGGCUGCACAUUUAUGGACUGCUGUUCAGCCGUAGUUAAAUAUCUUAAAAAAGAGGGGAAUCUAAGUUGGGGGGCUUUGCUUUUAUUUGUUGUGGAACAACGGGAUAGUUUUGCCAACACGUGUAUCCAUGAUAUUUGUGCUCUCCGUUUUGAGUGAGUGAGUGAGUGAGUGCUUCGCAUCCUGGUGCGGGGCUCUGAGGAGGACUGCGCAUCUUCACCAGAGUUGGUGCCGAAGUUCGGCCGUGAACGGAUGUGAGGGAAGAGUGUACCGAGUAAAACUCCCCCACUUCUUUUUGUCUCUCCUGCUUCGGCGUUGUGUGUUUGCUGAGACAAUAGUGAGUCAAAGACGCUGAAAGUGAUUUCAUGCCUUCAGUCUCGCACAACCUGAGAUGGACGUGAGAUUUUAUCCUGCGCCCCCGGCUAAUGUGGGUUCAUGCUCCCUACCGACUGAUCCAAGUUGUCUGAGCUCGUUGGACUAUUACCACUCGAACAAGGCCCGGUACAGUGUGGGUGAACGAGGGGUUAGGCUCCACACUGCCCUCCCUCCAGGCAUCAAUCCAGCUAGGAAAAGACUGCCCACUGCUGUGUUUGAUGGUGACAACAUGUACCUGAAUGACAAUAACCAAGAGUUUCGGUCGCCAAACCAGAGCUACUCCAGUCAGGGCAGAGGCAGCAGUGGUGGAGGAGGUGCAGGGGAUGAAGACUACGAGAUCCCCCCCAUCACACCCCCCAACCACGCCGACCCUUCUCUGCUGCACCUCAUGGAGCACGAGUCAGGUUACCCCUUCCACUCCCUGCCUCACAAUGGCCUGCUCAACACCUACUCCUACCCUGAGCUGCCCGCCCUCAUGAUGUCCAACAUGCUGGGUCAGGACACCCACCUCCUCUCAGGGCCUAUGCACUCGAUAAGCAGUGAGAAGCGGGCCUCAGCAGAAAUGAUGAAGCCCAAACCCAAACCUCAAAAGAAGAAGAAGAAGAAGGACCCCAACGAGCCACAGAAACCUGUGUCAGCCUAUGCUCUCUUCUUCAGAGACACCCAGGCGGCCAUCAAGGGCCAAAACCCCAACGCCACUUUCGGGGACGUCUCCAAGAUUGUGGCCUCCAUGUGGGACAGCCUAGGAGAGGAGCAGAAGCAGGCAUACAAGAGGAAAACCGAGGCGGCGAAGAAAGAGUACCUGAAAGCCUUGGCCGCGUACCGAGCCAGUCUGGUUUCCAAGACAUACAAUGAUUCUGAACCAAAAAGUGCCCAGCAGACCAGCCAGCCCUCCCACAUGCUGCCCCCGAAGCAGCCCCUGUACAGCGUGCCCCCCCAGCCCACCUCACCGUACCUGGGCCCGCCAGGCUCCUUCCCUCUGUCAGACCUGCAGAGCUACGCUGGGCCGCCCCGCCACACCCUGGCCCAGACCCUCAGCCAAUCCCAGAUGCUGCCGCCCAGCAUGAGUGCCUCUCCCCCAGCUCCCUUCCAGAUCAGCCCACCUCUGCACCCCCACGCCCAACUCUCCCUGCAUCAGAGCUCCCUGCUCAACCAGCCAAUCCGCAUGCAGCAGUCGCAGCCAAUCAUCUCACACCAAAUGGGGCUCCAGGCGCCUCUGCAUUCUCCUCCUCUCAGCCAACAGGGAUUCUCCCAUAUUCAGGCUGAUUACCAGAACAGUGUCGGGGGCUCACAGUCUCCAGGGGCCCCUAACCCAGUGCACGGCCAGAACCCUGACUGGGACAGCGAGUACUGCAACAGGGACUGUGGACCCAACCACUGCGGCAGUGGCAUGGGAGCUCGGGACAAGCCUCUCUACCUCACUUGAAGUUAAAAGACCUCCAAAUGUCAGACUCCAGGGAGCUUUCCACCAUUACAACGUCAUCGAUGUAUCUGCUUCUACACCAUUUCGUUUUUCUUUUUUUCUUUUUGUGACGGAUUUCGAAAAUCCCAAAGACUGCUACAGUAACUUCACCUAUUUGCCAAGCACUUAGAUCGGCCAGAAGCCUGAGGCACUUCUCUUGCUUUUUUUUUUUUCAGUGAACUUUCCAUUUUUUUGCGGGGGCAGUGAGCUUUAAGCUCAUGCCAACAUACUGGAAAUGAAGACCAAAAAAAAAAAGUCUUCUCAUUCUGUUUUGAAUUUUUUAAAGAUGCUCUCUCUCCUCUUCACUCCAUUACUCUGUGUUAGCCAUGGACUGCCCUCAUUGGGGAGAUUAAAUGCUCUAAGCAUACUCAAAGCGUAGGGGUCAUGGGUAGAAAGCUAAUGCAGGAAACUAGAAUAUAGUCGCCUCAGCAGGGGUGGAUGUACUUCAGGACAGACUGAAACACCCCAACUGAGUAAAAGCAAAGUGAAAUUAUAAUGAAGAUAGUCACAUACACUUAAGACAUUUGUAAAUCAUCCUCGCCCCUAUUAAAGGACUCUUCCUUUCUUUCUCACGGAGUGAUUGUAAAUAUCACCAAAAUGGAUCCCUCUUAUGUGUGUAUUUAGCUGCAGUCCCUUGCUUUCUUUCUUCUUCUUUUUUUAAACAUUCUUUUCGUUUGGUUAUGUGAUUUUCGUGCAGGUGGAUUCAGUGAGGGAAUACACACUAAAAGUUGUGUUGAAAUUGUGUUCACUGGUCUUGUUUCUCUCCAAACGGGAGAGAAAUGCAAAGACUGUAAAACGCUCAAUUUCCUCCCUAACUGGCGGAGCUCUGAUAGAGAGUGUCACUCUCUUCACGUGGCCUCAGGACGUUACAGAACUGUAGAGGUCAAAGGUUGAUACUUCUCCUUUUAGCUCCUCCUACUCUCGGUCAUUAAGGACCGCCCCCCCCAUCUGUAACCCCGCCCACCUACCCCUAGUCCUGACACCACUUGUACAGGUGAAUACAAAAAAAAGUUGCUAAAUGUGAAAUGUUACUAAAGAAAAAAAAACAUAACAGUGGGUUUUAAAGUUUUUGACUAGUUUUAUUAGAUGUUUUAGAAUUGUGUUGAACUCAUCUUUAUAAUUUUUUGUGAAGAAAAAAAAAUUCUGAAGAUAUUUUGUUUUUUCACUGUAGCAGGAUUUGCGUUUCGGAGGAACAGUCAUGGGACUAGAUAUUUUAAGUUUGUGUAUAAACCUGCCAAAUGUACUUCUUUAAUUUGUAAAAAGCCAGUGAUGAGAGAACCCAUUUUGUUUUGUUGAAUAUCAUAUGUUUUACAAUAUGGUCAUUCUAUUUAAUUUGGUUGCAGGUUUCACAUCUAUUUAUGAAUGAUAUGAAGUAACAUUUUGGCUUAUUUUCAUCAGGGUGCAUUAUUAUUAUUAUUAUUAUUAUUAUUAUUAUUAUUAUUAUUGAUCAAACAACAUCAUUAUUAAAAUAAUAAAUAUUUUUUCAGAAAUUGUUGUUGGUGCAAGACCAGUGUACCAGCAUUAGAUUCAUUUUGUGUCACAAAUACUUCUUUUGUUUUCUUUUGUCUGUAAUAAAAUGUUUAAAGUGGAGAAAUUGA